AUGAAGCUCAACGCCCUGAAGCCUGCCUGGUGUGUCAGACCUCUUACUGUGAGACUCACCUGGAGCCUCAUCAGAGAGUCCAGCCUUAAAGAGACACAAGCUGGUCAACCCUGUGGAGAACCUGGAAGACAGAUGUCGAAGAGAGAAGCAGAGAGAGAGAUAUCAGACAGUGUACAGGUCUUCACUGAUCUGGGCGCUCCAUUGAGAGAAGCCAAGGCUGAGCUCAUUGAGGUGAUUGAGGAGAAGCAGAAAGCAGCAGAGAGGCAGGCUGAAGGGCUCAUUAAAGAGCUGGAGCAGGAAAUCACUGAGUUACAGAGGAGAAGCACUGAACUGGAGCAGCUCUCACACACUGAGGACCACCUCCACCUCCUACAGAGCUUACCAUCACUCUACACCCCUUCACCCACCAAGGACUGGUCUGAGAUCAGUGUUCACAGUGAUCUGUGUGUGGGGACUGUUAGGAGAGCUGUGUCUCAGCUGGAGGAGACUCUUAUAAGUAUAAUGAAAAGCCUGUGUGUUGAUCUGUGUGUUGGUGCUGGAUUUAAGAGGAUUCAGCAGUAUGCAGUGGAUGUGACUCUGGACCCUGAUACAGCACAUCCCAAACUCAUCCUGUCUGAGGAUGGGAAACAAGUGAGAUAUGGAAACACACGAACAAAUCGUCCUAAUACCCCAAAGAGGUUUGAUAAAAGUGUAAAUGUCUUAGGAAAGGAGGGUUUCUCUUCAAGGAGAGUUUACUAUGAGGUGACAGUUAAGGGGAAGACUGACUGGGAUUUAGGAGUGGCCAGAGAAUCCAUUAAUAGGAACGGGAAUAUCAAACUGAGCCCUGAGAAUGGAUACUGGACUGUCUGGCUGAGGAAUGGAGAACAGUACAGGGCUCUUUCUAGCCCCAGUGUCCUGCUCUCCCUGAGAGAGAAGCCCCAGAAGGUGGGGGUGUUUGUGGAUUAUGAGGAGGGUCAGGUCUCCUUUUAUGAUGUGGAGGCCAGGUCUCAUAUCUACUCUUUCACUGGCUGCACCUUCACUGAGAAACUAUAUCCAUUCUUCUGCCCCUGUCUUAAUGAUGGUGGUAAGAACUCUGCCCCUCUGAUCAUCUCUCCUGUCAGUCAGACAGAAUGAGUUUUAAAUUGAAAAUCUGACCAGUCACAUUUGUCAAUUUAGAAUAAUCAUUAACAUGAUGAGUAUCCAGCAGCAAUGUAAGAUAUGACCAAAUCUCUCCAUUCUCAUAAUAAAGUAUUUUGUCAUACAAUUUUCACACAACAUUAAAAAAAUUAUAUUAACAAACUAAACAGACACAACAAACACAAUCAGCACCACACAAUGUCACAUAUAAAGUAUGACUUCACAUCUGGGAACAUUUCAGAUGAGGCUCUUAUCGUUACGUCAUAUCAGCACUACAUGCUGUGUGUUUGUAGCUAGUUAUUGUUUGCACUGUAUUGGUGACUCACCACCUGGAUUUUGUCUUAUGUAGCAACAUUUGAAUUUCAGUUUUUUACAUUGGAUAAAAGUAGAGAC